CCAAGGUUGGUGGUAGGACUCGAUCAUGAUCGAUGAUGAUUGGUAUGAUUGUGCUGGUGCAAUGUUGGAGGGAUGAAUGGGGCACCGAGCGGUGUGGGGUUUUGCUGUUCCCGUCUGAUCCACAGACUCUGAUGAUUGCGAAGCUAAAAGGAAAUGAUAAGACGCAGACUUGGAGAGUGUGUUCCAUCAUGAGAGUCUUCAGAGCUCAUGCCUGCACUAAUAAAUAUUAUCUACAUACUUGAGUUAUCAGUACGUACCGGUGCAUGCCAGGGAGCAGAAGUAUGGAGGGAGGAGGAAGAAUGAAACGGUCAAUGGUCAACCGGAGAAGAGCCCCUGGUUUACGGAACUCAGUGGCGCGUGGAAAUGUCGAACGGAAGCAGCAUCGAAACCAGCUUUUGGGGAGCAAAAGCAAAUUGUGAACAUGAAGAACAGGAGGAUUUGGUAGUAGCGUUCAUGAUUGCGAUGAUUAGGGAGUCAUCUGAAAGGAAGUCGGAGAAAGAGGGUGGAAGUGAAGGAAGCAAACAAAGACGAGGGAGAGAAGACGAGAGGAAGCUAAGGAGGGAUCAGGUGGUCAAGGAUGUUGUUGGAGAAGGAGGAUCUGGCGCUAAGCCUCAGCUUGAGCUCUUCCGCCAAUCGCUUUGAUCGUCUCGGCCUUGUGCCUUCUUCUUCUUCUUCUUCCCCUUCGCGGUCGCUGCCGUCUUCUUGUCAGCAAUGGAGCCGUCUCCUCCUCGCCCGUUCAGAACGUGGCGGAGCAGGAGAGGCGCGACGUGGGUUGAGAACGAUCGACGUGAACCAGCCGCCACCUGCGGGGGCUGCAGCAGGGAGGCCGGACAGCGAGGAGGCGGAUGCGUCGUCUCCCAACAGCGGCGUCUCCAGUGUGGGCGGCAAGCGACCAGCGGAGCGCGAAGCAGAGCACGAUGCUGAGCCAUCCUGCUCCCGCGGGGCCAGCGACGAGGAGGAAGGCGACGGCGACGGCUCCCGCAAGAAGCUCCGCCUCUCCAAGGACCAGUCGGCCGUCCUCGAGGAAAGCUUCAAGGAGCACACCACCCUCAGCCCUAAGCAAAAGCUGGCGUUGGCCAAGCAGCUCAACCUGCGGCCGAGGCAGGUGGAAGUCUGGUUCCAAAACAGAAGGGCAAGGACAAAGCUGAAGCAGACGGAGGUGGACUGCGAGUUCCUCAAGAGGUGCUGCGAGAACCUCACGGAGGAGAACCGACGGCUGCAGAAGGAAGUCCAGGAGCUGAGAGCGCUGAAGCUGUCGCCCCAGCUCUACAUGCAGAUGACACCGCCCACCACGCUCACCAUGUGCCCUUCCUGCGAGCGCGUCUCCAAACCCUCCUUCUCCACUACCUCGACGACGAACCCACCACCGUCGGAGGCCGCUGCACCGCGGUCGCUUCGUCCCCCGUUUCUCGAUGCCCCUCCGCAGCGAUAGCUGUUGCCCUUUCGUGUGGUGGGGAUACUGUUUGGGUACUGUGAUGCGUCACCUACGUAAUCUAAACAGCACUGCGAUUGCACGGGAAUGAGGUGGGUGGGGUUGACAAGGGCUCGAUGGGUGACUGCAAAUGGAGACUACCGGCAGCUACUUGUUUUGUGACAAACUCAGAUCAAACUUAGUUGAAUCAACAA